AUGGAAGAGGAGGUCGCAGCUCUCGUCAUCGACAAUGGUUCGGGUAUGUGCAAGGCCGGUUUCGCCGGUGACGACGCACCCAGAGCCGUCUUCCCCUCAAUUGUCGGAAGACCUCGCCACCAUGGUAUCAUGAUUGGUAUGGGCCAGAAGGAUUCAUACGUCGGUGAUGAGGCACAGUCCAAGCGUGGUAUCCUCACCCUGAGAUACCCCAUUGAGCACGGUGUCGUUACCAACUGGGACGACAUGGAGAAGAUUUGGCACCACACCUUCUACAACGAGCUCCGUGUCGCCCCCGAGGAGCACCCCGUCCUGCUCACCGAGGCUCCCAUCAACCCCAAGUCCAACCGUGAGAAGAUGACCCAGAUCGUCUUCGAGACCUUCAACGCCCCCGCCUUCUACGUCUCCAUCCAGGCCGUCCUGUCGCUGUACGCUUCCGGUCGUACCACCGGUAUCGUCCUCGACUCGGGUGACGGUGUCACUCACGUUGUCCCCAUCUACGAAGGUUUCGCCCUUCCCCACGCCAUCUCGCGUGUCGACAUGGCCGGUCGUGACUUGACCGACUACCUCAUGAAGAUCCUCGCCGAGCGCGGUUACACCUUCUCCACCACCGCCGAGCGCGAAAUCGUUCGUGACAUCAAGGAGAAGCUCUGCUACGUCGCCCUCGACUUCGAGCAGGAGAUCCAGACCGCCAGCCAGAGCUCUUCCCUCGAGAAGUCCUACGAGCUUCCCGAUGGUCAGGUCAUCACCAUCGGUAACGAGCGUUUCCGUGCCCCCGAGGCUCUCUUCCAGCCCUCUGUCCUUGGUCUCGAGUCUGGCGGUAUCCACGUCACCACCUUCAACUCCAUCAUGAAGUGCGAUGUCGACGUCAGAAAGGAUCUUUACGGCAACAUCGUCAUGUCUGGUGGCACCACCAUGUACCCCGGUAUCUCCGACCGUAUGCAGAAGGAAAUCACCGCCCUUGCUCCCUCAUCCAUGAAGGUCAAGAUCAUCGCUCCCCCAGAGCGCAAGUACUCCGUCUGGAUCGGUGGUUCCAUUCUCGCAUCCCUCUCCACCUUCCAGCAGAUGUGGAUCUCAAAGCAAGAGUACGACGAGAGCGGUCCUUCGAUCGUUCACCGAAAGUGCUUCUAA